AUGAAAGAAAAUCUUGAGAAACUUGUUACUAGUUGGAUGAGCUUGGACAUAAAAUUAGUAAAUGAAAACAAUACCCAUGAACUUGAAAAAAGACUUAAAAACAGAAUACAAUUUGGUACUGCGGGACUGAGAGCGCCUAUGCAGGCUGGAUUUAGUGGUAUGAACGAAGUUACGGUUUUGCAAGCAUCACAAGGACUCGCAGUGUACGUUUUAAAGUCUGUUAAGGACGCAAUUUCACGCGGUGUAGUAAUUGGGCAUGAUCAUCGACACAAUUCAAAAAGGUUUGCUGAAAUUGCAGCGAUGUGCUUUAGCCACCUAAACUUUAAAGUUUUUUUAUAUGAUGGCCUUGUCCAUACUCCUUUGGUUCCGUUUGGUGUAAUUGAACUAGAUGCAGCACUGGGAAUAAUGAUUACGGCAAGCCACAACCCAGCUCAGGAUAAUGGAUACAAAGUUUAUUGGGAAAAUGGUUGUCAAAUUAUUCCUCCCUUAGAUCUUGAAAUUUCUCAGGAAAUCGAGAAUAAUUUAACUCCCUGGACAUGGGAUACUUCUUUAGUAACAACUGACCCCAAGAUGACUGAAAUAAUUUUGGAGAAAUAUUUCAGUAAAAUUAAAAGCACCCUUAUAGACGAACAUAUAUUUGAGCUUACUAAAAAUGUUUCUGAUUUACCAAUUGUGUACACAGCAAUGCAUGGAGUUGGAAAUGAACCAUUUCAAGAAAUUUCCAAGCUACUUGGCUUAUCGAAUAACAUUAUUAACACUGAAAAACAAAUGUUACCUGAUCCAGACUUUUCAACAGUGAAGUUUCCGAACCCAGAAGAAUCAGGUGCAUUAGAUAUUGCUAAAAUAAAGGCAGAUGAAACUGGAGCAAAUAUUAUUUUGGCUAAUGAUCCUGAUGCUGAUCGAUUUGCAGUAGCAGUAAAGGAUAGGUUAUCUGGCAGCUGGGUUCAAUUAACAGGAAAUCAACUUGGUGCUUUAUUUGCAGAUUAUGAACUCAAACGAUAUAACUCCACCCCAGAACUUUCAAUUAAGCCAUUGGCUUUUUUGAACUCCACGGUAUCAAGUCAAUUGAUUCGAACUAUGGCGAUUAGGGAACAUUUUCAUUACGAGGAUACAUUAACUGGAUUUAAAUGGAUUGGAAAUAGGGCUCAGGAAUUAGUUAAAAGCGGAUAUUUUGUUCCUUUUGCUUUUGAAGAAGCAAUCGGAUAUAUGUUUGAAGUUGUUUUUGAUAAGGAUGGAAUUUCUGCUGCUGUUGUAUUUUUACAAAUGGUAAUUAAAUGGCAUUUAGAAGGCACUACUGCUUUGGAAGAACUUGAAAAAAUAUAUCAAAAAUAUGGAUUUUUUGCUGAAUAUAAUUCCUAUUUCAUUGCAAAUGAUUCAAAUGUCAUAUCCUCUGUUUUCAACAAAAUAAGAUAUGGUAAUGAUAAUGAGAAUUGCAAUUAUUUUAAAGGACCUCCCAAAAUGAUUGGAGUGUACAAAGUUAUAUCGUGGAGAGAUUUAACUAUUGGAUACGAUUCUACAACUGUUGAUAACAAACCAAAAUUACCGGUUUCAAGCUCCUCUCAAAUGAUUACUGUGGAAUUAGAAAGUUUAGAACAAGAAAAAAUUAGAUUUACUGCGAGGGGAAGUGGGACUGAGCCAAAACUUAAGGUUUAUAUAGAGGCUAACUCGAAAACAGGAGAACGUGCUAAAAGGCUUGCCAAAAAAGUUUGGGAUCUUCUGGGUGAUGAAUGGUUCCAUGAACUUAAAUAA